CGAAGGUAUAAAAGCUUGGACAACUGUUUGUUGGCAUUCAGUGAAUUAUUUACGCCGGUAAUUUUCCAUUGCAAUUCAGGAUAUUAUAAUUUGAUACCAAAUCAUUAAAAACCAUAAUGUCGGUUCCUGAUGUAGUUCUGAAUAAUGGAUUAAAGAUUCCCAUCCUUGGCCUAGGGACAUGGGGCAGUCCUAAGGGAGAAACUGAGCAAGCCGUUAAAGAUGCUAUCGAUGUUGGUUAUCGUCACAUCGAUUGYGCACAUGUGUAUCAAAAUGAGGAUGAAGUCGGAGCCGGAAUUGAAGCUAAAAUAGCUGAAGGUGUUGUGAAGCGUGAGGAAUUGUUUAUAACCAGCAAAUUAUGGAAUACCUUCCAUAGUCCUGAAUUAGUGCGCGGAGCCUUAGAAACUACUUUAAAGAAUUUGCGCUUAGAUUACCUUGACUUGUACUUGAUUCAUUGGCCAAUGGGCUUUAAAGAGGGCGGAGCAUUGUUUCCAAAUGAUGAUCUUGGCAAAAUGCAAUAUUCGGAUGUCGAUUAUGUAGACACAUGGAAGGCAAUGGAAAAACUUGUAGAAGCUGGUCUUGUUAAGUCCAUUGGUGUGUCUAAUUUCAACAAACGUCAAAUUGAACGUGUGCUCGAAGUUGCAACUAUUGUUCCCGUUACAAACCAAAUUGAAUGCCACCCUUAUUUAACUCAAGAAAAGCUGAUUGAAUUUUGUAAAUCAAAAAACAUUACUAUAACUGCAUACAGUCCUCUGGGUUCACCUAGCAGGCCAUGGGCGAAACCAGAAGAUCCCGUUUUGUUAGAGGACGCUAAAAUUGUGGGUAUCGCUAAAAAGUAUGGCAAAACCCCGGCGCAAAUUCUCAUUCGCUACCAAUUGCAACGUGGAAACAUUGUAAUCCCAAAGUCUGUAACUAAAAGUCGUAUUGCAUCUAACUUCGAUGUGUUCAAUUUUGAAUUAAACACAGAAGAUAUUUCCACAAUUAGUAGCUUUAAUUGCAACGGACGUUUCGUACCUAUGGAUAACCAUCGAUCACAUAAGUACUAUCCAUUUAAUGAUGAGUUCUAGUGAAUGGUCCWUUGGUUGUAUUACUGUAAUUAUUCAUACAUACAUAAAUUCAUAUUUUUAUAUAAAUGUAUCUAAUGAUGGUAUAUUAAAUAAAUCAACAUAAAUGAAUUAGAAUAAUGAGA